AUGAUGCUAUCAGAGUUGGGGGAGCCAGAAAACCCAGCACUUCAUUGCCGAGUGGCCCUAGAAGAGCUGAGCCCCGGGGGUCAGCCCAGGAGAAGGCAGGCCAUCAAGGAUGCUGAGCUCAGCUUGGGUCGAAAUGAGCGGAGGGAACUGAUGCUGCGCCUUCAGGGGACCGGUCAGUCCCGCUGCUUCCCCCUUCGAGCCGCUAGACUUUUUACCCGCUUUGCAUCGGUUGGCCGCAGUGCUCUUCGGCUCAGCCCUGACUCUGACUCUGGCCUUAGUUCGGGUUCCAUCCAGCUGCUGCUGUCUGACUGCCCACCAGAUAGGCUGCGGCGCUUCCUGCGGACUGUGCGCCUUAAACUGGCCACUGCCCCUGGCCCUGGGCCUGCCCCCUUCCGAUCCCGUCUGCUCGGUCCCCGACCUCAGGCCUUCUAUACCAUCAGUCCUAUCCAACCUGAGGACCUGAAGCCGGUGGCAGCCACUGGAACUCAGGACACAACCCCUGUGAAGCGGCCCUGUCUCCAGGAGGUCAGAGACCAGUCUGGCAAGGCAUCUUCUACCAAGAGCACAGUACCUAGGCAUCGUCUCCAGCUUCCCUCCCCCAAACCCCAGCUCUCCAAGGAGCAGGCCCGGGUGCUGAGUGCUGUGCUGAGUGGCAAGAGCAUCUUCUUUACUGGAAGUGCAGGAACAGGGAAAUCAUACCUGCUGAAGAGGAUCCUUGGCUCCCUUCCCCCAAAGGGCACAGUGGUCACUGCCAGCACAGGGGUGGCUGCCUGCCACAUUGGGGGUACCACCCUCCAUGCCUUUGCAGGCAUUGGUUCAGGAAAGGCCCCUCUUGCCCAGUGUGUGGCUCUGGCACAGAGACCCAGUAUACGGCAGAGUUGGGUGAGCUGUCAGCGACUUGUCAUCGAUGAAGUCUCCAUGGUGGAGGCAAGUCUGUUUGAUAAGCUGGAAGCGGUGGCCAGAGCUAUUAGACAGCAGGAUAAGCCCUUUGGGGGAAUUCAGCUCAUCAUUUGUGGAGACUUCCUACAGCUGCCACCAGUGACCAAGAACAACCAGCCCCCCCAGUUCUGCUUCCAGGCAAAAAGCUGGAGGAAAUGUAUCCAGUUGACCAUGGAGCUGACUGAAGUGUGGAGACAGACAGACCAGACUUUUAUCUCCCUCCUACAGGCUGUGCGACUGGGCAGGUGA